GAAAGGAAGAAAGAAAAGGAGCGAAAAUAGUUUUUCCGUCUUUGAAAGAGUGAACACAAAAAUUUCCCUCUUAACCCAAAUAAAAACUUAAUUUCUACCGAUUCUACCAUCUUUUUCAAUUCUGAGACUCCACACAACAAUGAAGUUCAAAGCAUUCCUAACAGAAAACGGAGUUAACCUCUUAGAAAAGCGAUUCAUCCCUUCCCUUGAAAAAACCGCCAAAACCUGCCACCUAUACUUCACUAAAACCCACACUCUCUUCCUCCACAACCUCCUCAACGGCGACGGAAUCCAAUCCAUUGCACAGUUCACUAAACAAGUCCUCUUCGAUGAUUACCGAAUCUCAAGUCAAAACGACGACCGUAUCGCAUUCACUAUCGAUCUUUCUCUUUUACUUCGCGCGCUUCGUAGUUCCGUUGCUAUUUGUAAUGAAUAUUCUUCCAGUGCUGUGCCUAAUCGUCUUCAGAUUAAGCUUGUUAAGAAACUUCCGAGUAAUUGUAGUGUUCCGACGCCGUUUCUUACUUUUGAAACGCGUGGUUUUAAAUCUGCUGUUAUUCAGGAUAUUCCUAUUUCCAAACCUUUGUCUAGGGCUCAGGUUGUUGAGCUUCAGAGUGCUCUUGAUAUGGCUCAGGAUGUUCCUCCAACGCUCAUUCAGGUGCCUGAUUUGAAUCAGUUGCUAAACUUAGUGGACCGGAUGAAACAUGUGGGUGAUGCGGUGAAUGUGUCCAUAAGUAAAUAUGGGGAUUUGACGGUGCAGGUUUCAACCACGUUGAUCAGCCUUGGAGCUGAGUUUCGGAAGCUGUUGGUGAUUGGAGAUCAAGCAAAUGCUCCAUCUGAGGAUCAAAAUCUCAGUGCUCAAACGCGGUCCUCAAGGUCAAUUUUAAGAGGAGAUGCUCAAUCAGUGCAGGUGAGUGUGAAGCACUUCGCCAAGAGUCUGCAGUAUCACUUGGCCAAACCAGAUUGUGCUUUCUAUGGGAUUGCUCCCCAAGGAAGUUGUUUGACAAUGAUAUUCCAAUUCUUCGUCCCUGGUUCUCGUGAGACUGAUAAAUCAAUCAGCUUGCAUUGCAGGCUUCCUGUACUUGACCCUGAUUGAAUCAAGAACCACAUUUCACUUCAGUUAUUAGGUUGAAUCGAUUUCCUGCUCCUCCAUCUUUCCUUUGGGCAGCAGCUACAGGUGUAGGUGGUGUGCUUUCAACAUGAAUAGCUAUCUUCAUGCCACCAUAGCAGAACCCCUUGCCGCUAACAAAUUAGUAAUUGCGAGUUACAUUCUGUGGAACCACUUCUCUUCCAGCUCCAACGGUCCAAUUCUGAAGCGGUUGAUCAUGGUUGCAAAUUUUGUAAUUAGUCUUGUUCACUUCCAGCUAGUUCAUCUGGUACCUAUCAUACAUAAAAUCUGAACAAAUGAAAGAGUUAUCAUCAGGUUUAAGGUAACUAUCAUGUUACAAUAAAAUAAAAUUCAGAAUCAAUUUCAAACCACUUCUAUUAAAGUUGCAAAUGAGAGCUUCAACUUCAAAUAAUUUUGAUUCUAGAAUCAGUUUGUGACCGUAAGAUGUCAAACAUCUUCACAUCUAGUUAAAUCACAUUUGACCGUUACAAACUCAAGAUAGAAUCCUUCAACUGUGGAACCAAAUACAAAAUGAAUAAAAGAUGUUUCGAUGUUAUUUGUGAUCAUUUACCAUUUGACAACAUGUCAAUUUCAAGACAUGCUUGGAUUUAGAUUCUACAAAGUUGGUGAGUUACAAAUUUAUAGUAUAAGGAUUGUUUGAUUGUAGCAAA